GUGGCUGUGCAGCUAGAGAAUGCAACUUCCAAUAUACAAGCAAGUGAUGCCGAUGUCCCUCUCAUUGAAGCUCGUUUUGAGGCAAGAGACGACCACAAUUACGGAAAUGAGAUACAUGCGCCUGCAUCUUUAGAUCAUGUAAUGUGGAGUGACGAUGCUGUAUUCUACCUGUGUGAGAGGGUAAGACACCACCACAAUGAACUUGCAAAAAAUGAUGGAAAUAAAUUUACAAUGAGGAACAUCUUAGAAGCCGUUUACAAGGAUAUGAGGGAAAGAAAUUACAACUUUACAAGUGCGCAGGUGGAGACUAAGUGGUACACUCUUAACACAGUUUACGUAAGAAACCUGAAGAAAAUGAUGAAAAAGGAAACAGUUAGAUGGAAGUUUUUUGAUGUUAUGAAUGAUCUCAUUCAUAUCACAUCAAAGUCAAAAUCUCAACAGAGUGCCAGGUCAUCCCAUAAACAGUCAAUUACGUGCGAAGAGUCUGUACCCGGCCCUCAUGGGAAGGACGUAGAAGAUCAGAGAAUUGCGGCUGAAGAUGAAAAGGUCCUUGGAAUUGAUAAACUGAUCGCAGCCAGAGAACAGUGUAUGUCAAGAGUGGACGAUCAAUUCACUCAAGCGCAUGAACUUGAGAAAGCAAGGUUCGAGAAUGAAAAGAUCGUAAGGGCUGAAGUGUCUCACCUCAGUAAGGAAGUUUCCGUGUUAAAGAAGAUAUGUGUUGAGCAGUUAAAAGUACAGAAGAAUACAGAAAAACUGAUUGAAAGGAUAGCUGUAGCUCUGGAAAGUUUUAUUGAGAAAAGUUCAAAAUCUGAAUGAGAGACAAUAAUAUGAUCAUAAUUUGGUCUAUAUU